AUGCGUCGAAUUUCAUCAUUCACGGCCACAGAGCUGCUUUAUCUUGCUCAUAAGACACGCAAAAACAUAUACACGCCAUCGCUGUAUGAAAUGUUGCAGAGAAGGGCAUCUGAAAAUAACUAUACAUCGUGUGUGGCUUACGCAGAAGAUACCCGUUUUAAGAGACUUAUAGAGCUGUAUAAGAAGAAGAAAAUUCUCCAGGAACAGUGUUUUAACCGUUCGAUGAUUCCUAUUGGAAAAGUACGCAUAGACCCGGUCAACACUGAUAAAAAUAUCGUAUCAACGCUGUACACUUACCGUUAUACACAAGAAGUUUCGACCAACCGACCUCUAGGAACAAUGAUGCAUUCAAGCAACCUCUUUUCUUUGCACGUGCAGCCGUCUGUGCAAGCGCAAACACCCAUAGCGAUACCACUUGAUCAGAACAAGCACCAUAAACGGUACUAUUUGGCUAUGACUGAAGAAGAAAAGGAGUUGGAUGAUUUCUUGGACAAGUUAGAAGAGCGGAAUUAUGGGAAAAGCCGGUGCAAGAAUCUUGUGAAAGAUAAUUUCCCGAUUCUUAACAAAGAAAAGGUGACCGAUGCCUUCAGUUUCAUAGUUGACAAAGUAACUACCAGAAAAGGUAUCAAAGACAAAAAUUUGUGGCCCUCUGAAUAUCAAAUUGUGCUCAAGAAAAUCAAGGACGAGCUAGGAUUAGAAUUGUCCGUUGGUGAGGAUAUGCAGCUAGUACAGGCUGUUUUAAAGGUUCUGAUGAUGCUUCAAAAAUGGAUAUUCGAUAAGAAGGAAAUAGUAAAGGCAAUUUAUUUUAAAAAAUUGGUAAUAGCCUUCUACGACUUUUAUAGAAAGUAAUAUUUUCUGUGCAUCUAUUAUCUUUCUUGUGCAAACCGAUAGGUAAAUCGGAAGGAACAGCGAAUUUAUGAUAGAUAUUCCAAAGCGCUCUAGCACUUGGACAUUGCCUUAUUUUGUCCUGAAUUUGCCUCCUUACGAAAAUGUUUUUUUCCUUGCACACAAAAAAUCAUAUAGUUUUGACCAAUGUUCUGUUUUGGUGACACGACAAGGCUGUUGUUUAGCAUAUAGGUAUGCACUGAUAGUGCACGAGUUUGCCGUGGAAUACUGAUUUUGAUAACUAAAAGAAGAAAAUCAGUAAAUAAU